AUGAGGUCAAGAACCCGAGCCGCUUCCGAGCCCGGUGUCAGCCAUUCCCGCAGCGACCCCUCCAGGGCUGACCAAUGGAAAGCCACAGAGAUGGGCAUCCCGAGGGUAAGGUAUCGUAUGGCAUUGACCAAAAAUUGA